AUGGAGAUCAAGCCACGGGGACAAUCAAUAAGAUCACUUCCGAUCCCGACGGUUCCGCCCUACCAAGCUUUAAGCUGGAGUGAGUUCAGAAAUUUCAUUAGUCACAUGCAAGUUCACUUUGACAAGUUCCCCGCCCAAUAUGGUAAUGAUGAGCCCAAGAUUGAGUCCGGGAAAAUCAAACUCAACGAACCAUUAUUGUCCCGAUGGAAUGCCUAUUCCAUCCGACUCCCCAAAGUGUCCUGGCUCACUUUUUGCACGUUCCUUGUGCAAUUACUUCCUCCUCAAGGAACAGAGGAAGAAUCACGACACCUUUAUUCUAUAACCAUACAAAAGCCGUCACAGACUGUGAGAGAAUUUGUCUUUCACAUGCUGCGGUAUGCUAAGUGUUGGACCGGAAGAGACCACAACCGACUGCGACAUUUACAUGACCGAGUAAUUUCGCCUAUCAGAGAUAAAGCCGAAAAGACGUACCAUGAGUUUGACGACUUUCAUGACUAUGUGUCAUAUCUGGAGGAAGUUGAGGUCUCGUUACCUCCAGAACUAACCCAGGGCAUGGGUCUGUCGUCGAGACAGAGGAAGAACACUGCACCCCCACGGAUAAAUGGACCCCCACAGGCUCAUGUCCGAGAAAUUGCUCCCCCAGAGAAUGGAUACCCGAACCGUAGCCCCUCCGUGGCUCGUUCAUCCUGGUGUGGCCCACCAAAUCCUAGCCCCUCAGAAUUUUCUCAUCAAAAUGGCCAUAGCUCUUUAAUGGCUCCCCCUCCAAGGGGUGGUGGUGCUCCAAGGGGCGGUGGAGGUGCCCCAAGAGGUGGUGGUGAUGCCUCUAGAGGUCCUAGAGAUCGCGGCGGUGGCUCACGGAGUGGAGGUGCCCCGAGAGGUGGUGGAGGGGCUCCAAAAGGUGGUCCAAGAGGCGGUGGUGGUCCAAGAGGCGGCACACCAUCAAAACGCCGUCGUGGUGGCCGGGGCAAUUAA